AUGGAAGUGCGUGAACUUAUGAUUUCCUUGGGCUGCGGAUCACGUGUGGAGAUGGUGCAAGUGGUGAAAGAGCUCGUAGAGAAAGCGAGUGUGCUCGAGGAGGUGCAGAAGUGCACUGGGUGGGCCGAUGAGGACCUUGUGCGAGAGUGUAGUGAGUUGGAACGGAAAUUAACUAGUUUGUCACGGAAGAACAACGAAAUACUCUCGUUGCAGCGCCAACUCGAGGAAAGACAGAGAGAGAUUGACCACUUGCGCGCCGAGCAGGCAGCAGAGAAGAAAGGAUUGCCGCUUACUGAUGAAACAAUCCCAGAGGAAGACCGAGAGGACAACGGCCUUAGGAAACUCAGAAGACUGAAAAAGGCAGAGGCGCAAACAGUGGCGGAGUACUGCGUCGAGCUGGAGAGGUUGUCGGCCAGGGCUUAUCCGGAAUUGGAUGAGAAGGCACUAGUGACAACAAGGGCGCAACAGCUGUACGAGCAGAUAGUACACUGGCCAGAAUCAUACUACUUCUUGGGAGCUAUGGAAAAGGAAGGGCCCAGCGCGUACGAAAGCCUGAAGGAGGCCGCAAUGCGCGUGGAAAGAAGGAGGCUGACAUUGGAGAGUGCUAGGGCGCAAAGCUACCAAGCGGCAGGAGAACGAUUGGAGAGCACAUCAAGGCACGAGCGGGCAAGGGCACCGGCCAAGAUGGAAAAGAGUAUAAAGAGAGAUGAAAAUAAUAACAGGCGACGAAGUGAGUUGCCGAAUAAAGAAAAGGAAGAAUCAAGACACAAAGAAAAGGGAGGACAUAUGCAACGCUUCAAUUGCAGAGGUAAAGGUCACCUGGCAAGUGAGUGCAAGGGCAGAAGGGUGCUUGGGAGUAAAGCAACUGAGGUAUCGCUUGAGCAAACCAAGCCACCCAGCCCCCCGGAGAAGCGAUGUCCUUCAAGGGUAGUGCCACCGUUUGGGAAGAAGUCCGUUACAAGUUUGACGAUAUUUGGCAACGUUUGGUCCGCGUUGCUAGACGCGGGAUCUGAAAUUUUGAUUCUGCCGCAAAAGGUGCUGCAGAGGAUCGAAGAGGAGGCUCAUCGGCUGCAAGAGUGCCCGAUAGACCUUCGUAAAAGGAUUCUGGAUGCGUCGGGAAAUCGGAUGAAGUUCUUGAAGGUGGUGGAAGUGCCUCUAAAGGGAGGCACUGGGACAGAGAUAACCUUGCAAGUGCAUGUAUCAGUACAGAAAGGGCAUAUGUUAGUUCUAGGCACGAAUGCAUUGGAAGCACUGAACUAUACGUUAGUCAGACGAUCAGGCGAAGAUUGUAAAAAGGGCGAAGUGGCAGAGGAAGCGUUGGUGAAGCCUUCGCAAGAAGCCCGAAGUGCAAGUAAAGCCACAAUGUAA